UAUACGGUGUAUACGUAUCUGUCUGUGUCUAAAUUUGGAACAGUUUUCCACAGCACUUUCAAGAAUGAAAAAACAUACAAUGGAUUUAACGUAAAAAUUUAAUGAAAUUUUCAUACGUCGAGUGAUUGAAAAUAUAUUUCUACUCUUUGAAUUUUAUUCGCAAGGUAAUACUUGCUAUGGAAGAAGAAUAGUUUUGGAUUUAUUGAUAAAAAAAAAAUGUUGCGUAUGAAAGACUUAAGCCCAGCAGUAAGUUUGGAACCGUGUCCUGGCGCCUCUGUUGGCUCUAUUGAGCAAUCUUCAAGCGCCUCUCGUGGCUCUAUUGCUUUAUCACCAAGCACAAUAAGUUUUACUUCUUUCUUUGAUGGAUUAAGAAAUAUCCGGGAAAGUGUCAUUUCUGUCGAAAAGAAGGAGACGUCUUGGAUAGAGAGAACUUUUUACAAGAGAGAGUGCGUCACAUUUAUAGCUGAUCCACAGGACCCCGAAAGAUGUUGUUGUGGUCGCUCCGUCCUCCGGCAUGGGGAGGACACUAUAGAGGAAUCGUCUCUCAGCGACCGCUGGGUGCCUGGUCUACACACGACACCCCUACCAACAGACGCCUUUGGAACCAUUGAGUUCCAAAGUGCAGGGUUCCCCAUAAAAGCACAGUAUGUGCGAAUGUCAGCACUGGACACAAAAACAGAAAACGUUUUAAAACUUCUGCAAAAGCAGUGGGGCUUAGACCUACCUAAGCUUAUCAUAACCGUGCAUGGUGGUAUUGCUAAUUUUGAUCUCACGCCAAAAAUGAAACGCUCUUUUCGGAAAGGGGUUGCAAAAUUUGCAAAGACAACGGGUGCCUGGAUUUUCACCACAGGAAUUCGGACAGGUGUAACAAGACAUGUAGGAGCAGCUGUUGGCGAAAGACGAUCCAAACAGGCCAGACGAAAAUUGGUUACCAUAGGAGUGGCACCUUGGGGAGUUAUUUCAAACAAAGAACACCUUGUUGGAAAAAAUAUUAUUUGUCAAUCUCAUCACGUGACUGCAUCUUCUGGCCAAUCAGCACUCGACAGCAACCAUUCCUACUUCCUUUUGGCAGAUAAUGGGACAGACGGGGAGUUUGGAGCAGAAGUAAUCUUUCGCAGGAGAAUAGAACGAUAUUUAAAUCAACAAAAAUCUUCAAAAGGUAUCAACAUUCCCAUGGUUUGUGUGGUGGUGGAAGGAGGUAUGAACACGAUUCGAGUUGUGUUAGAAUAUGUUACAGACUCGCCUCCCAUUCCAGUUGUUGUUUGCGCUGGAAGUGGGCGUGCCGCCGAUCUAAUCUCAUUUGCAUAUCAAAAUACAAAGAAAGAUGGAAAACUUCCAGAUAAUCUGAAGUUAGUGUUAAAAGACGCUAUACAGGAUAUGUUCACAUGCACAGAGGACCAAGCCAAAGAACUUUACCUGGAAAUUUUACUGUGUGUCCAGAGGAGAAACCUGAUCACCAUAGUGAAUCUUGCCGAUGAAAACCAAGAGCUAGACCUUUGUAUUUUGACUUCUCUAUUGAAAGGUACCUGCAGCACUAUCGCGGAGAAACUGCGACUGGCUUUGAUGUGGGAUCGAGUAGACCUUGCCCAAGACCACAUUUUAAAUCCAGAGAAGGCAGUUACAGAUGAAUCACUGGAAGAGGUUUUGAUGGAGGCCUUGGUAAAUGACAAGGUGGAUUUUGUUAAGCUGCUUCUGGAGAAUGGUGUCAGUAUGCAUUCCUUUCUAACUGCCAACAGACUGGAGGAUCUAUACAAUGUGACACAGUGCCAGUUUAACCCAGUUAGUUAUUUCAUGAAAGGUUUGCGAAAGAACUUAUAUCCAAACUACCGCUUCACGCUACCAGAUAUUGGCCUGGUAAUGGACUUUUUAAUGGGUGGAGCAUACAAGUCAAUCUAUUCUGAAAAGGACUUCAGGCAGAAAUAUGCCGCCCUCAAGAGAGUUAGUUCUUCCGGUAGUAAAAGGGAUUUGAUGAGAGAACCUUCCCUGAGGCGUGACGUCAGAAGACUUCGAUUAUUUCGGUAUCCCUUUCACGAUCUCAUGCUCUGGGCAGUGUUAAUGAACAGGCAAAAGAUGGCGAUGUAUAUGUGGCAGCAGGGUGAUGAAGCUAUGGCCAAGGCAUUAGUUGCAUCCAAGCUGUACCAGAAAAUGGCACAAGAGGCCGACGGGGAUGAAAUGAAAAGCGGGAUUUCCGGCCAGCUGAUGGACCAUGCUGAAGAGUUCAUGAAGGUAGCGUUAGAGUUUUUGGACCAUUGCUAUCACUACAACGUAGACUGCACACAGCAACUCCUGACAGAGGAUCUGAAUAACUUUUCGAACACGACCUGUAUAACUUUGGCAGUUGACAUUAGACACUACGAUUUUGUGGCCCAUAACUGUUGUCAGAACCUUAUCAACGACAUCUGGAUGGGAGGCCUCCAAACAAGAAAAAACAGCAGCAUCAAAGUCAUUGCCGGCGUUCUGUUCCCACCAUUUCUCUCCAUGCUCGAUUACAAGUCAAAGAAAGAAAUGGCACACUUGCCUCAAACAGUAGAAGAACAUUUAGAGGAAACGAUAGGCGACGACAGCGAUGACAACGACGAGAAUGACAAUGAUGAUUUGGAUGAUGAUAGCAUCCAGCAGGAAACUUCCAUGCAGACUCUUCCUACAUCGAACUCACUACCAAAGUUGGGUGAAGCUUUGAAAUCUGGCAACAGGCCUCCUAUGAUCCGAUCUGCGAGUAUGCAUUUUGAAAACCAGAGAAAGAUAAGUCGACAGGAUCUGAAGACAUUACAGAAAAUCGCAAACAAAAACAGAGAGUGUAACAUCCUACAGCACUUAAAGAAACCACUUAAAUUCAGAAAAAUGGUCUACAAGUUUUACACUGCGCCAAUUACGAAGUUCUGGUUUUAUCUGAUUACCUACAUUGCCUUCCUGAUAGCCUUCAGUUACACCAUUCUGGUCAGAACUUUGCCGCGCCCAGCAUGGCCUGAAGUUUUUGUCAUGAUAUAUAUACUAUCAUUCACUGCUGAAAAAUGUCGAGAGCUUUUUAUCUUAGUACCUGGCCCGUUGAAGAUAAAGCUCCGAGUGUUUGCCAGUUUUUACUGGAACAUCUGGGAUAUGGUAGCCAUUGUAUGGUUUGCUGUGGGGGUCGGGUUAAGAUUCAAUUCGCCGACAUUGAGAGCCUCGCGAAUAGUUUAUACACUCAACAUUGUCUUCUUUUACAUACGGAUCCUGGGGAUUCUGUCUGUUAAUAAAGACCUUGGAGCCUACUCAAAAAUAAUUGGGAAAUUGUUGAAGCACAUGUGUUACUUCUCCAUCAUCGUUUUCAUUGUUGUGGCCUGUUUUGGUGUCGUUAGACAAGCAGUGCACUUCCAGAAUGAGGAAUGGUCUUGGUUCAUGGUUCGAUCCAUGUUUUUCUAUCCCUACUGGAUGAUUUAUGGAGAAAUUUUCAAAGAGGAGAUUGACACCUGUACUGACCAUGUAAAUCACCCUGACGGUUGUACGUACGGAUCCUGGGUGUCUCCCCUCGCCAUGUUUGUUUUCCUCCUGGUGGUGUUUAUUCUCCUUGUAAACCUUCUGAUUGCUAGGUUCAAUGCCACGUGCAUUAAGUUUAUCCCUCGGGUUCGGGAGAUUUGGAAAUACCAGCGGUAUAACCUGAUCCUGAAGUACAAACUGUGCUCACUUCUGCCACCACCCCUGACGGUGAUAAGUCUGAUUUACCAACUCUUUAAAUAUAUCGUCUGGAAAUGCCACGGAAGGGAAGAUUUCCUUGACAGUGGACUCAAAAUAUUCCUGCCAGACAACGAGAAGGAGAAACUUCACGGUUUUGAAACAGAGUGUCUGGAGGGAUACUUAAAACACAGAGAACACAAGCUACAGACCUCCUCCAAUAAACGAGUGACCGCUAUCUGUGAGAGAGUGAAUCAACUCUCAUCGAAGAUAGACGAUAUAUCUUCACAAGAAAAAUCCUUCAGACAAUCCUUGCAAGACGCCAAAAACGGAGUCAGUAAGUUGGAGGAGAUAUUUAUGAAGAAUCAGGAAGCUGUGACGUUGAUGAGUCGCAUACUUCCGGGAUUUCAAACGCAUGCUCAAAGCCUUUACAACAAGAAACGGCAAUAAACCAUGGUAUCAUAGUAACGUUUUCAUCCAGAAGGUUUUGAUUUUAUUUUUUAUGUUAUUUGGGAAUUGGGUUUACUUUUAUUUCAUGUUUGUGAUAUUUGCGUUAUUUUGCCAAUUACUAAUUGUUAAAACUCUUUAGUGCCAAAAUCAGAUCGAGGAGCUUUCUUAGAAUGUAUAUGUAACAUAACACAAUCACUUAAACAUUAAAGCUCAUCAAACUUCUUAAAAUAA